AUGGGUCUCACAAUUUCAAGUGUCCUCAAUCGGCUCUUUGGCAAGAAGCAAAUGAGAAUCUUGAUGGUCGGUCUCGAUGCUGCCGGUAAAACAACAAUCCUCUAUAAACUAAAGCUCGGCGAAAUUGUCACAACCAUUCCAACAAUCGGAUUUAACGUUGAGACUGUAGAAUACAAAAACAUUUGCUUUACGGUGUGGGAUGUCGGCGGUCAAGAUAAAAUUCGUCCAUUGUGGCGCCACUACUUCCAAAAUACGCAAGGAUUAAUUUUCGUAGUCGAUUCAAAUGAUCGUGAGCGUGUUGUUGAGGCGGAACGUGAAUUACACAAUAUGUUGAAUGAGGAUGAGUUGCGUGAUGCUGUGCUGUUGGUGUUUGCUAAUAAACAGGAUUUGCCAAAUGCUAUGAGUGCAUCAGAAUUGACCGAUAAGUUGAGGUUGAACUCGCUACAUAAUAGAAGUUGGUACAUCCAAGCAACAUGUGCAACGCAGGGUAAUGGAUUGUAUGAAGGCCUUGACUGGUUGUCCAAAGAAUUAGAGAAAAAAUAAUUAACAGAUCGAUAGCAGCAAACAGCAAAAAUUAUAACAAGAAAUGACUGCAGUGAUAAGAAAUGAAUUUUUUUGUAAAAUUAUUCCCCC